CAAGUAUUCAACGACGAUACGCAAUCUGCAAUGCUUGUGGCAGGUAUCACUUCCGAAAGGGGAACCUGGAGAGGAAAGCGUUCAGAGCAUCCAGAAGACCACUGGAGGUAUAACGAAAAGAUCCUGCAAUCCCUUAGAGAUCAUCCUGAUGUAAUUGGCCAGAUAGAUGCUGUAACUGGUGAGGAAGAUACCUUCAGAAACAUCGAGAAUAGGAGUGUGAAAUGCGCUUUGUGGUUGAAGGAGCAGGGCGUUAUGCCUGGUGACAUAAUUGCCCUUUGUACCCACAAUCAACUAGAUAGUCCAAUUCCAUUCCUUGCAUCGCUAUUUCUGGGAGCCGUCUGCAAUCCUUGGUGGGAAAAUUACUUGACGGAGGAUCUUGUAACGCACUUUCUCACACAUACGGAGCCUAAGGUGAUAUUUGCCAGUGAAGAGUCAGUCCUUUUUAUUCAAAAUAUUGUCAAGAAUGUUCGAGCGAAUGCGAAGGUAAUUGUUCUCGGGAAAGUAAGUGGUCUACAAUCACUCGAUGAAAUUGUAAACCUCCGAUAUAAUGGGGAAGUUGAGGAUUUCAAUUGUGAAAGGAUUGAAAGCGCUGACCAUCCGGCAGUAUUAAUUUACACAUCAGGGAGCACUGGAAGACCGAAGAGCGUACUCUUGAGUUACGGUUCGUUAACAGCUUCGUUGGGUAACGAUAAAGCUGAUGGUAUACCGCACAGUAGAGGCUUUUGGAAUUCUAGUUUCUGCUGGCUUUCUGCUGUCAUAGGAAUGAUGUUGUGCUUCAUCAAGGGUGCCACAGCUGUCGUUUACCCGGCUCCAUCAGAGUCCGACAUUUGCAAAUUGAUUGACAAAUUCAAGAUUAACUGGAUGAUUUUGGGGACUGGAGCCAUCAAUAGGUUAUCCAAUACCGAAGAAAUUUUUACUCGCGAUGUGUCUUCCAUUGAUCUACUGUUUUUCUCCGGCGCUAUUGUCAGACGCGACAUUGAACAGUUCCUUAUGAAAACAUUCCCUAAUGCAGCUAUCUUUCAAAUUUAUGGUGCUACCGAGCUCGGUGGAGGGGUAACCCUAUCAAAAGUAACGAACGAUUCGAAACGUGGGACAUGCGGACAAGUAAUGGAGAACGUAGAAAUCAAAGUCAUUGACAUAUCAACGGGAAAAGUGCUGGGACCCAAUGAAGAGGGUGAGAUAUGCGUCAGAAGUCCGUACGUGAUGCAAGGAUAUUACAAAAAUGCUGAAGCAACGGCUCUCGCGAUUGACUCGAACGGGUGGUAUCACACUGAUGAUCUUGGCUAUUUUGACGAGGAUGGCAAUUUCUACAUAAUUGACAGAAUAAAGGAACUAAUCAAGUGUAAAUUAAUCGAUAUAGCCCCCGGAGCGAUCGAACAAUGUAUCCGAGAACAUCCUUCUGUCGCAGAAGUGGCUGUCGUUGCUAAACCCUAUAGCCUGGACAGAGAGCAACCGAUGGCGUUCGUGACGAAAAUUCCCGGCAAAGAGGUCAAUGAGGCCGAUAUCGUGGAACUGGUGGAAUCCAAAUUAUCAGACAGCAUGAGAUUAUCAGGAGGUGUCAAAUUCCUCGAACAAAUGCCCUACACUCCAUCGGGAAAAAUCGCUAGGAAAAAUCUCCGAGAUCUGGCGAGACUCAUCGCACGAGAAUAAUUUUCACCGUUUAUUUAUAACACGGAUAAAAAUGUUUGAAAUAAUAACAGAAAUUGAAAUAAUUUCGGUUGAAAUUUGAAUGCAAAGUCUUGGAGCAGUUAUUGCCGAUGGAUUGAAAUGAAAAUUACGAACGAGAUUAGGAAUCGGUUUCAUUUCUGCUAUCACAAUACUCAUUCAUUCCAUCGAUAAAUAUUGAUAUUACGAAAGGAAUUAUUUAUGAGUUUGUAAUGGGAAAAGUUGUAAAACUCUCAGAAAAAGUCAUUACUCUCCGUCCAUUAAAACGAGCGCAAUUAAGACGUCGAUAUCGUAAAUUACGAUAAAUAUAAUUACACGAAUUAUAUCCCCGCAUCGAUAAUUUCACGGAGAGAAAACAAUUGUUCCCUAUACUAAUUAGCCUUUGCCCGUUAAAUUCUCCCUUAGGCAGUUGCAGUCACGAAAUCACGAAUUUCAAACUGAACGCAGUAGAAUCCAGUUUAAUUUUUUUAUAAAAUGAGACCCGAGUCCCUCGAACUGUACAUCCAGCACAAAACUGAAUUAAAUAAACGUAAUUUUAACUCAACAAUAGUACUUUAUUAAUGGCCAUAAAAUGGAAUAAAAAAAACGAAUGAGUUAUCAACUUUUAUUAAAAUCCCCGCAAACUGCGAGCUCCUGCUGAUCAUCAGAGCGAAGUUAUAAGCUCUUUGGAUAACCCCUUGCUUGUGCGCUUUUGAACAUGGCAA